CUUUGUAGCUUUAGCUAAUGACAUGUCCAUGUGAUGUGUGUAAGCUGCAGGUCGGCAAUAUGGAGCGGUUUUUCUGUUUGUAGCUGUAACGAUCGGAGUCUCCGGACUAUAAGUGUCGAAAACGGUGUCCUUCCAACUCCUAAAGCGGAAUUUAAACGUCUGUGCUAAUGUAGCGUUAGCAUUUCCCGAACUCAUCCGAACUGCAGUCAGUAAUCCUGUAAAUUCACCUGGAUGCUGACAGUCACUUGGGUGGGGCUGACGCGGACGACAGUAGACGGGAGCGGAGCUCAGGGAUAAAACCAAACCGCACAGGAUCAUUGUGAAGCACCGGGAGCGGCUGGUCGGCGAAGCCAUGACCAAGCCUGAGUCGAAGAGAAGCGGCGUGGCUGCGAUUAACGCCACCGGCAAGUGCGCCACAGCCGGGACCGCCUCCGAGCAGGUCAACAACGGCUCAGUGGAUCCCGGCUGUCCGGAUCCGAGCACAAGCACUAAAGCCAAGGUGAUGAAGCAGACCUCCAGGGAGAGUCUGCACCGGAGAAACACGGAGUGCGAAGUCUAUGACGACGGGACCAACACCUUUUUCUGGCGAGCCCAUACUGUGACAGUGCUGUUCAUUCUGACCUGUGCUCUGGUCUACGUCACGCUGUUGGAAGAGACUCCCCACGACACGGCUUACAACACUAAGAGGGGGAUUGUGGCCAGCAUUCUGGUGUUCCUCUGUUUUGGAGUGACACAGGCCAAAGAUGGACCCUUCACCAGACCACAUCCAGCUUACUGGCGGUUCUGGCUUUGUGUCACUGUUGUCUAUGAGCUGUUCCUCAUCUUCAUCCUGUUUCAGACAGUGCAUGAUGGACGACAGUUCAUGAAGUACAUUGACCCCAAAUUGGGCGUGCCCCUUCCUGAGCGUGACUAUGGAGGAAACUGCCUCAUGUAUGACCCAGGCAACACUACGGACCCCUUCCACAACAUCUGGGACAAGAUGGAUGGCUUUGUCCCCGCUCACUUCCUAGGAUGGUAUAUCAAGACUCUGAUGAUCCGGGAUUGGUGGAUGUGUAUGAUAAUCAGUGUCAUGUUUGAAUUCCUGGAAUACAGCCUGGAGCACCAGUUACCCAACUUCUCAGAGUGUUGGUGGGACCACUGGAUCAUGGAUGUGUUGGUGUGCAACGGUUUGGGGAUUUACUGUGGAAUGAAGACGCUGGCCUGGCUGUCAAUGAAGCCGUACCAGUGGCAGGGCCUCUGGAACAUUCCUACAUACAAGGGGAAGAUAAAGCGUAUAGCCUUCCAGUUCACACCAUACAGCUGGGUGAAGUUCGAGUGGAAGCCUGCUUCAAGCCUUCGUCGCUGGCUUGCUGUGUUGGGCAUCAUCUUCAUGUUCCUCUUGGCGGAGCUGAACACCUUCUACCUGAAGUUCGUCUUGUGGAUGCCUCCUGAACACUACCUGGUGCUGCUCCGCCUCGUCUUUUUCGUCAACGUCGGAGGCGUGGCCAUGAGGGAGAUCUAUGACUUCAUGGAUGACCCGAAGUUCCACAAGAAGCUUGGCCAGCAGGCGUGGCUGGUGGCAGCGAUCACAGUAACCGAGUUCCUCAUAGUGGUCAAAUAUGACCCCAACACCAUCAUGCUGCCCAUCCCCUUCGUCGUCAUGCAGUGCUGGUUUUUAGGAAUCUUCCUAAUACUCAUCUGGACCCUGUGGAGGUUUUUCAUCCGUGACAUCACACUCCGCUACAAAGAAACGCGUCGGCGCAAACAGGAAGUCCCCGCCGACUGGGACCGGCCUUUGGGCAACGGCAGCACAGCCACCCCGUCUGGGAGAAGCAAACUGAACGGCAGCUCUGAGACGCUGCGGCAGAGGAGGUCCUGAGAGGAAGUCGCUCGGUCACGCUGUCGGCAGCAAAUGGAGGGGAAAGGACAAGGUUUGAUGGGAAAAACACAGAGGAACAUGAAAGAGAAUGGUGACGCAGAGACAUACCGAGGCAACCAGAUGGACACACAUGUGCCGUGCAGACUGUUCUUGUGCCUAAAUGAACCAAGUAGUCAUUCAACAGAGGCAGUGGGUGGAAGGGGGCAGUUUUCAUUUGGUGCAUUGGAUUUACCUCAUUCUGUUUUUUAAGAACAUUUGGGUAACUGUACACAGGAAAAGAUCCAUUUUUGUGUUAUUACUUUGUUUCAAAUGUUGGGAAAUGAAGGGGGAAGCUGAGUCAAAGAGAAGUGGAGCAGUGGAAGAUGGGAUGUAGGUGAUGAUAAUAAUCCCAGCUGUUUUCUCAGCUUCACUUUGUCUUAAAGAAACACAAUAGACGAGCACCAGGAACUUUUCGACCACUGUAAAUAUGCUUUGCUCUGUGUUGUGCAUCGGUGCAGGUGAGAGUAGGGAGAGUGUUUGGAGCAGUGACAAGUUUCUGUGUAACAACUGAAUUGGAUUUCCGUUUAUCUUUCACUGCUAUGCAGUCUUUAGCAUCAGCCUGGGAGUGCGGCCACAUUACUGCCAAGCGGCUGUUAAAAUUAAACUCGGUUAACAAUAAUUACAUAUUUCUGUUCGGUUCAGGUCAAAUGACACGCAUAAUGCUCACUGAUUCCCAUGCUGCUUUUACGGUUAGUCCCAGGUACUCCCAGGUUUACGUGUGGGAGACAAUUUAGGUUUUUCAUUUACAGUUCAGGGUUCAUUUCUGGAGGCCUCGAGGGUCCUCGAUGAGGAUCCUCCCUCAGUCAGACACAGAAAGGACAACUGGCCAAAGCCUUUCUCUUCUCUCAGGCUUUGUUCUUGAAAAGAACGAUGAGUUUGUUUAAAAAAAAAAAAAUCAAGACGUACCAUAUUCUAGUUAUUUAACUGGUGAUAUUAUACAUGAUAUAUGGGAUAUAGUUUGGGUGUUUUUGUAGAUGUUUUGUUCUAACUAUUGUUAUUUCUUUAGGGUAAAUCGAUGGUAAACACUAUUUUGCUCAAGUUACUUUUUGUGAAAUGAGAUGCUGAGCGCUCUGAUGAACACAUCCACGACAAUCACACCGAUAGAAAGCUGUGCUCAGUUUUCCUCUGGUGGAGAUGUGCUGGCUCACAGGAAUAAAUGGCAGAGAUCUGGAUGUUCCUUCACUGUAACAUCUUUGUAAGUAAGGCUGGGAUUCAGUCACAUCAGAACAUGAAAUGAAUAUUUACUUUUAUGCCAAAUCGUUCUUUAUUUGAGAUUUCGUUAAAAUGUCAUGAUACGUGUGGCCUGAGUUUGCAGAAACGGAAUGAGAACCAUCUUUAUUGUCAGAGGACAGCAUUGAAGGUUUUGGUUGCGUUUGGGUUUGGAGACAAACCUUUCAGCUCUGUAGGGUUGCCAUAUUGCACAUGCAAUCAGCCAAAGCUUUGAUCUCAUUCCUGCUAAAGCCAUAAAUGCCACCCAGAACUGCUUGAGCCUCUAAAGCUGCUGCUGAGCUGCAUUUUGUAUCUUUUUAAUUUAAGCAGAGUUUCAGAGCCGUCAGGGAAAGUCAAGACUGUAUACAAUUUUUAUGUUACAAAACAUUACCUGGACGUGCGGCCACUGAAACCAAAUUCACCUGAACAAAGACAGUACGUUCAUGUUAUCUGUGUGUGUAAAAUGGUCUUUGUUACUCUGUUCGUGACAAAGCUGCUAAAUGUAAAGCUGCCAUGAUUAGUCAACAGAUAUUUAAUUUGCAUGAUUCAGUUUCUAGCAGUAAACUGUAAAUCUUUGCAUUUGGGACUGUUUGUUAAACACAAGAAGACAUUUGAAAAUGACACAUCGUGGAUUAUUAAGCUUGGCAUUCUCACUGUUAGAAUAAUUAUCAAAUUAAUCGAAUAAUAAAAAGUAAUCGUUAUUUGCAAUCCAUUUAAAUGUUAAACAAAGCACAGGCCUCACUUUGACAUUGGUCAAACUGAAUACAGUUAGUCUCGGUCGACGUCCACACUGUUACCAAAAACCUUUAAUGUCUGUCGUGUGGCUCAGUUGUAAAUUUCCGUGUUACUCGUUGUGCCCCAGUGACUCUGUAUUAAAUAGUUGAUGGCGAAGUAGACGACAUUCGAGAAUAUAGCUUCAGAUUUUCCUGUUAACUAGGCUGAUGUUUCACGCCGCUAUAGUAAAUUUCUUGUGAAUGUAAUCCAGUAGAUUUGCAGUUCAAAUGAGAGGGCAUUGGCCACAAACGCUAAACUGAAGUUUGUUAUUCGUGCAUAUCCAGCCGUUCUCAUAUUUCAGCCUCUUUUUUUGAGUACAGUGAUUGCUGUGCAGAUUUGAAGCCCUGAAGAUGUUUAGCAUAUGUGUCAGAGUUUGUCCCUGUUGUCCUGUGCUGUGCUCAUUCAGUCACUUGAGGACUUUAAUUUUUUCCCCUCCUUCCUCUAAUGAGAGCUCUGUAGACGGAGGCUGAAGAUUCACCGUACCUGUGGUCAUGCCUCAGAUUGGUCAAAGAGCUUUUUGUUUGUAUUAACUGAAAACUUAAACCAACCCAAAGCCAUGAACUGAGGCACCAAACAGGAAUUGGUUAAAAAAAAAAAAAAAAAAAAAACAGGACCUUUUCCUUUUCCGUUUAGUUUCACAUGCAGCCACAUGGGGGCAGCAGAUGUUCGGUUAUUCUCUGCCCUGUGCAAUGAUGACAUGAUGUAAAUGCCAUUUUCAACUUGGUUUGUGUAAAUGUGAAAAAUGUUAAAAGAUCAGAAAAACUGAAAUAUGCUGCUGCACCACAUAAUUUUAUAAUGUUUUCAAUAAAAUAAACAGAAAACCUGAA